CUCAGACGCUUCUCCUUCACGCUAAAGGCACAAGGAACGUACCAAUCUGGCCGUGUGCUGCAUUUGUAUGCCCGAAGGAGACUUUCGCUGAAAUUCCACCAGCUGCUUUAAUGUCAGAAUUAUGACACUGACUACAGACAAGGUGUACGAUGGGAUGGACAUCAUUGACCUUCUGCUCAAAAACACAGGUGAAUCCACCAGUUGCCACAGCAACCAAACGUGGACCAGCUCAACUAAUGAUACACUGAGCACUAAGCAAAGUGAUCCUGAUGAUUUCUUGGAGUUCCUGCUGCAUGGGAGCGACUCCUCCUCUGUGCCAGCAUCACCCCUGUGGUCUCCCUGCACCAGCGACAGUGGCAUCAACGAGGACCCCCUGACAAAUCCCACAAACAGCCCUCACACAGCCUCCUGCACAGCCUCCACUCCCUGUGAUAUUCAGGCUUUCACGCAGUCUUCGUGUCUCGUGAAUCAGACAGUGGCAAAUGAAAAAAAGCCAGAUGUUGUUAUCGAUCUCGGCUGUGAGUCUGGCAGCUUAGAGGAGGAUAUCGGAAUUUCAUACUACCUCACCACAAACCAAAAUCCUUUGCAACCACCCAGCCAUUCUCUCACUGUGAAGGACCUGCUGUUAUCCAACCUGGGAGACAAAGCGCAGCGAAUCCCCCAGCAUUCCUUGCGGGAGCUUGUACUUAAUGAGGAUGAGAAGAAGCUUCUGGCUAAAGAAGGGGUAAACUUGCCCAGCAGACUGCCUCUAUCCAAGUUUGAAGAGAGAGUUUUGAAAAAGAUCCGGCGGAAAAUCCGCAACAAGCGCUCAGCUCAGGAAAGUCGGAAGAAGAAAAGGGAAUAUGUCGAUAGCCUGGAAGAAAGGAUGUCUGCAUGUGGUGCUCACAACCUCGAGUUGCAGAGAAAGAUCCAGCAGCUGGAGGAGACCAACAAUGCUCUGCUGGAGCAGCUAAGCCGGCUACAGGCUCUCCUUCCUAAUGGCCCCAGCAAAACAAGACAGAAAGCAACCUGCAUCCUGGUCUUGCUCCUCUCCUUCUCUCUGCUGAUUUCUUCAAAUCUUCGACCAGACCCUUACAGCCGGCUCAGUCAGGCAGACUAUGCAGAGACCAAAGUGCCGUCCCGCUCCCUGCAGUCGAUGGAUGAUGCCCGAGACAUCCCUCCUCCUCCACCUCCUUCUCUUCCUCUUCCUCUCCUCUGCGUUACCAGGGGCUUUGAAGCCCUGCGCAAUCUGACAGAGAAGAUUAGGCCCUGGACAGAUCUCCCCAAAGCAGACGUCCCCUUCUCUCGCCAUCAAGAUCACAGGCACAAGGACCUUCACUGAUUUAUUCUAACAAGAAAGACGUGGCACAGGGGUGUGAGUUUGGUUGCGAGUGCAGCCCCCAACAGGGUAGUUUAAAAGCUUCUCUGCAUCUGCUUUUCACUACAGAGGCUGGGUGAGAGGCUGCUCCUGCACAUAAACAUCCAUUUGAAAGGUGUUUCAGGAAUGCACUUUCGCAAAGGCCAGUAAAGAGGUCAUUGACGUGGAUGUAAUCAUUUUUCAUUUUGCUCUGAAUAAAAAGCCUUUAAGCACCUGCUGGAUCAUGUAUGCUGGAUCAUACCUGUGCAGCUGAUGCCUGUUAAAUACAAACACAUUAAAUACACAUGCACGCUCACUACUGUGAUUUAUUAUUUUCUUUGAAUAUAUACCAUGAUCUGUGGUGCAUUCAGUAGGAGCUCUGCGCAGUAAUUUAAUGAUGCAUUUGCAUUUUUCACUGUGUGUAUGUGUAUAUGUGUGUGUAUGUGUGUGUGUGUGUGUGUGUGUGCUGAGGCUUAGACAGUUAAAUCUUUGAGACAGGUUGCUACUGGCAGGAUCAGCCGGGUGUGAAUUCCCAUUUUCUCCAGUGAAUUUUGGACCCGUCUGAAAGUUUUGUUGUUGUUUUGUUUCCUUCCUCCAGCGAUACCAUGUGUCCUGUGUCGAGGAAAACCGAUUUGCAAAACUAAUGAGACAAUAUUUUGAAAACAAAAAUGACAAAUAUGACUCAAUGAGCAAAUAAAAGCUUCAGGUUCACAGCCGGCUGUCAGAACACCAGAGGAAAGUGGGUUUCAGUUUCAUAUCAUUAUUUUUGAGAAAGAAAAAUAUCGCUUACUGUAAUUGUGGAUAUGUAACUAAAGACUGUUUACAGAUCGACGUGAAGUGCCUUUUUCUGGUGAGAUGAAAUGAGAUGAGCAGCUUAAAUGUUCUACAGCUGCAAACCUGGAACAAUUUAAUCUGAAAAUACAAUAGUAGUAGAUUUUAAGUCAGGAGUAACAACUGGCUGUUGGAAAGGAAAAGAGAAACGAAUUGAACUGUGAUUAUUUUUAAAUGGUGAGUAUGUUAUGGAUUAUGUUCACAUAAAGAAGGCACAGAGGACUCUGUAAGUGUUGUUGAUGUAAAAGUUUCUAACAGAAGGAUCUGAGAACAACUUGAGGUGGGACACCUUGGCUACCUGAUCUACCCCAUUGUACUGUAGUACUUACACAGCAUUGUUCAGUACUGUGUGGGGGAUGAGCUGUUUUAUAGCCUGGGCCAUAGUGCAGUACCUCUAUCAGAAGGUUUAUUUUUUGUUUUUUGUUCUUAACUAUGAAAUCUGUCUCUGUAGGUGAGCAUGAAACAUCUUGACAAAUUUGUAAUUAAUUAUACAAUAAAUGCAAUUUUGAAGCAGAAAAACAACCCCCCAAAAAGCAUCAAUGAAAAAUAGC